AUGGAAGGAAGUCAUAACGCAGAAAAUAUAGCCAGUAUAUUGGAUGCUACUCUCUCAAAAUGGGAUAUCAGGUCAAAAUGUGAAGCAAUAACGACUGAUAACGCUCAAACAAUGAUUAACGCCGCAGCCAAACUGCAUAUACGACAUAUACCCUGCUUUGCGCACACACUAAACCUGACGAUGAGUACUCUAGCUAGCGAUAAAUUACGGGCUAUUCAACGUGAAUUAAAUAAACCAGAACUGAAAGUGAUCCAGGAAGUACCCACCCGCUGGAACAGUGCAUACCACAUGCUGCAAAGAAUUGUUACAAUGAAGACAGAAUUAACUCUCGCACUUAAUGAAUGUAAUCGGGCUCCACCAGGAGUCAAUGCUGACGAAUACCUAAUUAUUCAAGAAACAAUUCAAAUUCUGGAACCUUUCUAG